UUUCAUCUGUGUUGGUCUCUUCCCUGAUAGCAACCUGGUUAUUUGAUACAAUGUCGUCAGGUCUCUGUCUCUCCUACCUGCAGCCUGUUCUGCUUCACUUGCCAGUGUUUCGUAGAAGUGUCUUUUGUCUUUGCGUGCACUCUUCUUUACUUCUUUGUUCAGUGUUUUAUACAUUGUGCUCAGUUCCUCUUGUCGUUGAGCAUCCUUGCACUGGUUUAUCUUCUGCUUCACCAUUCUCCUCUCCUCUAUCAGCUUCCAGGUAUCCGUCGAGAUCCAUUCCUUGUCUUCUUUCUUCUUCCUUCCUAAUACUGUUGUGCAGGUUUCUUUCCACAUAGCUUUCAAAGACUUCCAGUGUUCU